GGGAGAGCUGAGUCGUCUCGCUCAGGCGUGGGCCAGGGAAGACGAGGCCCGGGCGAGCGGCUCGCGGAGCUGGGGUGGCUCCCACGGGCGGCCAUGGAGCACAUCACGACGCCGAAGGUGGAAAACGUCAAGUUACUAGAUCGUUAUACCCAUCGAAAGCCAGCCAAUGGGACGCUGUACCUGACUGCAACACAUCUGAUCUAUGUAGAUGCUUCGGCUGAAGUUCGGAAGGAGACCUGGAUCCUUCACCACCACAUUGAAGCUGUGGAGAAGCUGCCACUGACUCCAUCUGGAUGUCCACUGCUUAUCCACUGCAAGAACUUCCGCGUGGCGCGCUUUCUUAUUGGGCACGAGCGGGACUGUCAUGAAGUCUACACCUCCUUGCUGAAACUUUCACAGCCAGUGAAACCAGAGGAACUUUAUGCUUUCUCCUACAAUCCGAAAAUGCCCAAAGAUACCCGGGAAAUAGGCUGGAAGCUGAUAGACGUUGCAGUGGACUACCAGCGAAUGGGAAUUCCCAAUGACUACUGGGAAAGAACGGAUGCUAACGAAGACUAUGAGGUCUGCAGCACGUACCCUCGGGAGCUGGUGGUGCCCAAAGCUGCUACGAGGAUGAUGGUGCUGGGCAGCUCCAAGUUCAGAAGCCGAGGUCGGAUACCCGUGCUUUCCUACUUCUACAAAGAGAAUAAUGCUGCCAUUUGCCGGUGUAGCCAGCCCUUGUCUGGGUUCAGUGCUCGUUGCCUGGAGGAUGAGCAGCUGCUGCAAGCUAUACGGGAAGCCAACCCGGGGAGCCCGUUCAUGUAUGUCGUGGACACGAGGCCAAAGUUAAAUGCGAUGGCUAAUCGAGCUGCUGGGAAGGGUUACGAGAACGUGGACAAUUACGACAACAUCCGUUUUAAAUUCAUAGGCAUCGAAAACAUCCACGUCAUGAGGAGCAGCUUGCAGAAGCUCUUGGAAGUGUGCGAAAUGAAAUCUCCUUCCAUGAGUGACUUCCUCACUGGCCUGGAGAGCUCCGGUUGGUUGCGACACAUCAAAGCGGUGAUGGAUGCCGGCGUCUUCCUGGCCAAGGCUGUGAAAGAGGAGCGCGCCAGCGUCUUGGUCCACUGUUCUGAUGGCUGGGAUCGCACUGCCCAAGUCUGCUCACUGGCUUGCCUCCUCCUAGAUCCAUUUUACCGGACACUGAAAGGAUUUAUGGUUCUGGUAGAAAAGGAAUGGAUUGCCAUGGGUCACAAGUUCUCACACAGGUGUGGCUACCUGGAAGGCGAUCCCAAGGAGGUGUCUCCCGUCUUCACUCAGUUUAUGGACUGCACCUGGCAACUCAUGCAGCAGUUUCCCUGUUCUUUUGCUUUUAACGAACGGCUUCUGCUGGAGAUCCACGAUCACAUCUAUUCUUGCCAGUUUGGCAAUUUCCUGGGGACCUGUCAGAAGGAUCGGGAAGACCUGAGGAUUUUUGAGAAGACCCAUUCCUUGUGGCCUUUCCUACUGCACAGGAAGCAAGAGUUCAGGAACCCGUUGUAUAAGGGAUUCUCAGCUUAUAAGAGACUCCAGCCCAACACUCUGCCUUUCAGUUUCCAGUUCUGGUGCGGCAUGUAUAACCGGUUCGAUAAAGGGAUGCAUCCGAAGCAGUGCGUGUUGGAUUAUCUCCUCAGCUGCGUCACCCAGAAACUGGAGUUGGAAGACACUGCAAAUGAGCUAGAAAAUAAACUGCCCCUCUUAGAUGGACCCCUGCCAGAUGAGAUUUCCACCGUAUCCAAAAUGGUAACUGUCCCAACCGGCUGUUCGAAAUCUCCAAUGCUCAACACUCCCCAGGACUAUGAGGAUGAGCCUUAUGCCCUGGUGGCCAAUGGCACCGUCCCUGUGGAAGGCAGCAGACUCGACCCACUAAACAGUAAAGAGGCUCUUGUCGAUCCCCUUGCCGUUCCGGAUGGCGACAGGAGCACCAGCAGGAGUGUCCAGGCUGCCGUUAAUGCAGGAAAUCUCCAAAACCACUGAACUGAUUUGCUCAUUUGCUUUGUGCCACUGAAAGUGGCAAUAAAGCAGGUAGGACCUCUGGCCCUGUGCUGGGGUGGCCACCUUCACCGUGUUACCACAAAGUGUUGUGUUCUUCUGUGUUGUGAAGGUGGGGGCAAGGGGGUUGUUGCUCGGGGCUCACAGGAGCAACCCAGCAAUCGGGCUUAGAGCUGGAGCUGAGCGGUCUUUGCAAGAGUCUGAAAAUCCCAAGGAAGGGACUCGCUUGUCCUUCCCUGUAUCCCCUCUCACGUCCGACCCGCGUUUUUUCCAUCGAAAGUCCAGGUGCUCCUGCCAAGACCAAUGAAAUUAGAUCCAUUCCUGGUUUACAAGGAAGGUUGGCUCUUUGAAUCCAGGGCGGGGAAGUGUAACCAACAGUAUUUAAUACAUGGAAUCAAAAGCUAGUAGUGAGGUCUGUAAAUGUCAGUCACUUUAGCAGCUUUUGCCGGCUGUCUUUUAGCGCCCUGUGUUGGAAUUCCACUGGUGCAUUUUUGUUACCCUGUCCUUGUUUGGUAAGCAGGCGUAUGUUUUUGUUUUUUGUAAAGCAGUGAGAUUAUUGUCUCGCUCAACCAUUUUUUAUCACUGUGAUACCCAAGUGGCUGUAAUGUGUAUGUGCUCUUUUGUGAUAUCCUUAACAAAGAAAAAACUUGUGCUUUGAACCUUGUAACUGCUGUUUCGCUAAGGCGAAUUCCGCACGUCAUAUUAAUAACGAUUGCAACUCAUUAUAAAUGUGCCGUGCGGAAUCCACUUAGUAAUUCUCUCUUUAUAUUGACCUGCUGUAGCCUUGAAAUUGGCUGUAAAGUCUGUGAAUGUAGAUCUGAGCCUGUCUAUG